AUGACUGAGAUGGAUGUGAAUAGCAAGACAGACACCAAGAACCAACGGACGCGGAAUGGAAGCGCCAGGAUGGGAGGGGGUAUGGGCGAGUGGAAGGACGCCCGGUACGAGCCAUAUCGACAAAAGUCCUCUCUCCCCAGCUCGCUCACAUACCCCUCCUCAAACCAAACCAAACCAACCAACAUGCCGCUCCAACCCCCCACAAUAACAACCUACCACUGCCUUUGCACCUCCCUCCUCCUAGCCAGCACGCACACCUUCUCAUCCCUCCCCCGCCGCUCAACUGGCACAGGCGCCCUCGACUCGGCCAUAAUCCUCCCCUUGCCGUCUGCCCCUACGAGUAGCUUGGAAGAUGCGAACGCCAAUGAGAACACAAAUACAAUUGUGAACGAGAUGCCAGUAGAGGGCUAUACGAUUAUACUAGGCAUGAUAAAGGCGACCAAACCGACGGUGGUUAGGAGGGAAGACGGCUUCGAGAAGAGGAUGCUGUGGAGGUGUGUAAGGUGUGGUGUUGUGGUUGGGUAUGAGAUACUAGGGCAAGGAUUGGGACUGGGAAUGGGAGGGGGCGAGAAGAUGGAUCUAGAUGUGGAUGGUGGGGAGAAAGGCAAGGGUAAGGGGAAAGAAGGAUAUGAGGGGAGGAUUAUGUAUGUGCUGCCUGGGGGGGCUACCAGUACCGAUGUUAUGAGGACAGGGAGAAAGGUUGGGGAGGGGGAUGUUGAUAUACAGGCUGGGACUGUCGCUGCUUUCGAGUAG